GCACUAUAAAAGCCUGCUGGAGGACAAAAAAACUGUUUUGUCAGACACUGAGACAGAGCAAGGACCGUGAGGGAGGAGGAGGACACUUUAUCUCAGCCUACUUCUUCUGGACGAGGGGUUUCAAUUUAUGACAAGGAAUAGAGUGGAUAACUACAACGUUCAAGAUAAAGGUCGGUGAGUUUUUAGGGCUUCUUCUCUGGGUUUUGGGAUGAUUUGUGAGUUUCAUUGUUGGCUCAACAAAGAGAUGUAUGUCACCGUGUUACAAGAUAAGACAUACUGUCAAAUCAUCAUUCCUCAAUGUAUUUUAAGUUUGCUCUUUAAGCUUUGGUUUGGGGAAUACUUUACUAAAAGAAAAUCUUUUUUUUCUUGAAUAGUUGUUGCUGCGCCAAUUUUUGCUGUUAUUUUUCAUUGAACACCGCAAUGUUGAGUUUAAGUUUAAAAUACUGGACUUGGAGUUGAAGUUAAAGGAAACCCCGUUGAUGAAGUAAAAUGACAAAGUUUCCAGGAGCAGUUUUUACUGUUUUCAUCAUGCAUAGAAGUAUCCUCUUCGUCCGUCUGUGACUAGGACCAGUGCAAAGCUAGACAUGGCCGAUUAGGACGCUUCCGGUUUGGUUUUCAAAAUAAAAGCAUACGACGGCAACAUAUGAAGUUAACACUCUUAAACAGAUCAUCAAGAUGACAAAAGCUGAUAUGCAGAUUCUGUAUUGAUAUUUUUAAGUUUAACACACACCUUAAUGGAUAUUUUGAUUCUAAAUUGGUCCAUAUUAUCACAUUUUGACCAGUUAUUCUGAAGUCACAUUUUUGCAGCUUAAUUCUGAAAGCAUAUCCACUUCACUCGUGGCUGCUUUCUGUGUGUCUUGACUGCUGUGGCUGAGCAUCGCGGAGCUGAAUGACCGACGGUAACCUCAACUGAGGAGAACAAUGAAACACAAGUGUCGAAGUUUAAGACGAUGAAUUUUGGAGAUUUGACACAGAGAUUGAGUGUGCUUGAUCAUGAGGUGCCACAAUGACAUGAUGCCCCCCUUUUGUGAUAGAUGCCAAAGUGCCUUUUAUUUCUUUUAUUUUUCAGAUGGCUUUCUUCUCUUGGUUUAUGUUCGCUCCCCGCAGGCAUAUGUUGUUAUCUGAAUUUAUAUGAAGUGUUGAUGUCUGUAGAGUUGGUUUAACGUCGAUUAGAUGUUUUUGCUUUCUUUUUUUGUCGUAUUUCUUGCAAAGCUCGACGCUUUUACAUCGUGUUUUCAUCCUCGACAAAAAUCAUCUGGGCUGAUUUUUCUGCUGUUAUAGUUGAAAUGGUCUAUUAUGUGUUUUCUGAUAUCAAUGAAAAAAAUGGGAAUUCGUGAAAAAAAAAUCCUGUAUAAGUGUGAUAUAACACGUGAGCGAGAAUUGAUGGUAAACAAGUGCAAAAAAAGACAUAUUUUCAUGCGCCACUAGGGGCGCACUGACUCUGCACCACUUGGGCUCAGCAGAGAGCCCCACUUAUCUCUGCAGACGAUGUGUUUUCAGCCUCCGUCAAGAAAAAUCUGAUAAUCCAAGGAGGAAAAACUCGACAGAAAAACAGACAGUCCUAUAGCUCGACGGAAGACAAAGCAGAAUGAAGCUGAUGCAAAUGAGAUUGCAUGAAAUCAUUAAUGUCAGGCUUAUUAGACAUGUAAACACGGCAUUGACGACUGAAGAUCCGAAUAGACUAAUUGGUUCAUCAAACAACACGGAUUAUUACCGUAAAGGCAAAUAUGAUGAGGAUGACGGACUUAGAAUAACUCCGAAUGUGCGCAGAGACAAAGAUGUACAACGCUGAAUUGAAUACCUUUCUACACACCCACGGAUUUAGCAAUGUUGCGCACAACAAUCUGCCAAUGCAGGUGGUGUUUUUCACAGUGCAUCAUUCAUUUCACGGGAUUUGAGCAAAAUAAAAAAAAUAUGUUUAACUUUCCACGAAAGAAAUGCAGAGAGUUUUUGGGAAUUGCACAGUUUUAAAUCUCCUCUGAUAGUGUCUCAUCCAGUUUAAUGCAUAGUUGUGUCUUUUGAUUAUAUGUUUUAUGCGUCUGCCAGGUAUUCAACAUAGUUCUUCAGUGAGACAGUUCAGUGUAAGCCCUGAGUGCUGGCAUGAAAUUAAAGUGACUCAGAGCAGAUGUUCCUGUACAGCAGAUGCUGUUCAUGGGUCACUGUGUUGUUUGUUGAUCCCAAAGUUCCUCCUUUUUUUUUUUCAUGGUAACAUUUCGUACAGUCCGGUGGAGUUGCCUAAUUGAGUUGGCCCAAUGUGAGAGUGUACAAUUUGUGCUCUUCAGAGUGUCUCCUGGUAUAAAUAGCCAUAUUUUAUUCAUAUUUGUUGAUGAUUACUUUUAUCAAUUGUGGAAAAUCUCCACAGGCUUUUAUUGAACCCCAUAACACACAAAUUAAGGUUGUGAUGUUAUUAAUUAGCUACGCUCUCUACUGUGGAGUCAGAUGAGGAUCAAGUGUUACAAAUGUGGCAUAAAACCGCACAAAACUGGAUGAAACAUUUCAACAUGGCUGGGCAGCUCGAAAGCCAAUGAUAAUGGAGACAGUCGUGUUUGAACAUCAACGUGUCCUUGACAUUACGAUCCUGUCAUCCCACUCAUUUUGACAUCCAACCAGCUCUCCCCGCGUAGAGACCAGUUGGCAUAAUAAGCAGGAGCAGGGUGGAUUUUAUCAAAAGAUUUCCAUCCUCAAGUUAACCAUCAAACCGGAGGAAGCUGCUUCAAAAUGGGAAAUGGCUUCACUAACAGUGAUACUCAUUAAACAUGUGGGAACAUUAGAAAGGGAUGUACCCUUUCUACCUAUAAAUAACUUUCCUUUUGAAGAAGAAGCAGUGUUUCAAGUCCAUUAUUACUCAACUUCUCCAAAGAUUACAUCAAUCGUACACAUUUUAAGACCUGGUCUAUAAUCCUCCUUUGCAGUAAACCUUGUUGACCUGAAUAAAGGAGUUAAGGGUCUAGAUCUUAAGUCACCAUCCUGGUCUCAAGGUGUUUGUCCCAGAUAACUCGAUUAUGACUUUUGCAAACUAAGUGUUAAAAAAAAUUAAAAAGUUUUGAAGCUCAUCUGGUAGUUUUUUGGGUCUGAUCGGUGGACUUGGGGGUGUGAACCAAAUGGUUACAUAAAUCAGGUUAGUCCACCAAUCUAAGGACUUUUGAAACUGCAAAUAGAGUUAUCAAAAACCCCAAACAUGUUUACCUAAAGGAUGAAUCACUUGCCAUCUCUGCCAGAGCAAAGAGUUGAACAAAAAAAAGAGUGAAAAGUGGUUCCUAUUUUAUUCUAACUUGAUUAAACCUCUCAUCCGUCUAAUCAAAGAGUUGUUUUGAUGAGUUUAAGUAUUGCCUUUUCAAGUGAGGACUUCUUUCAAGUUCUGAAAAGGUGACAGAUUUGUUGAUGAAAGGUUUCGGGCCACUUUCACCUCUUAAAAACUGCCCACCACCCACUCAUCCAUCCAUGUAGAGUGUGGUUAGACCUUUGGACUGAUUGGUCUACACCAGUUGGACCUGAAUCUGCAGCUCUUUACAGCUUUCUUCAGUCAUUAGUUACCGUCUUUUGCUGACUGGUGCUGUAUCUGAUCGGUGGGUGUUUCAGUUUUGUCUAUUUUGAUUAAUAGGUGAAUCUGCUGCUGUCAUUUGGUGUAUUGUUGGAAUUUUUUCUUUUUCUAACUUUACUAGAUUUCUUGAAUGUAAUACCAGAAUGCAGCCAUCCAAAGCUCUUGCAUUUCGUUUUGUCUCUUGGUGAUUUUUGUCAUGUUUUCCUUUCGUAGUUCUACUUUUCACCGCCUUUGCUUCACAUUUAACUGGACUUUGUUGCUGUACUUUAUCGCAGUAUCGUGCUUUUAGUUUUGCUUCCUGAUUUGAUGACUCUCUGUUCUGUUUUCACAUCACUUUAGUACGUCAUUGUGUGUGGGAAUUAUAUUUUUGGUGUGAACCGUAUCAUUUUCCACAGGAACAAAGCAGGACCAUUUGAGGCUUCCAUUAGCUGACUGUGUUGGAUCUUGUCCAUUGUGAGAAAAGAGUUGAAGAGCAAAAGUUAGAUGUUUUUGACCUUUUAUUUUGUGUCUAUGGCUUUACAGUGAGGAGCUGGAGCGUGCUCAGUGAGGUUGGGAAGACGUCAGUAUGGCAGUCUCCACUCAGCUGGGUUUACUGCUUUGGAAGAACUUCACCUACCGACGGAGACAGACAGUAAGUGGACACAACACUUCAUGAGAGCAAUAGGCUCUUACUCUGAGUUAUUUGUCUAUCAAUAAAUGGACUUGUUCAAAAGGUAUUGGAUUUGUAUUUGUUUUUAAAAAGUAUUAUUAUUUAUUCUUUCAUAUAGUUUGUAGAGUUGUUUGCAUUUAAUGGACGAAAAACUGAGAUUUAUUUGUUGUUUGAAUGCCACAUUGUAGUUAAUUUAGCUUUAAAUUGACUCUGACUCAGGGAUGACUUGCCCAGCAAAAUAUUCACUUGGACAUUACCUCAUUAAGAUCCGGCAUAUGUUAAUUCGACCCGUAUUGAUAUGCUGCCCACAGGUAUGGUAAUGGGUUAGCACUCUGCUCAGCCACUCGGACCAACAAGCGUCACACUUCGCAGAUUUCUGUGACUCAGUUCAGUCUUGUGCCACAUAAAACCCACACUGUACUAUGUUAGUCAGAUUGACUUCUGGUCAUGGCAUAGUGCUUCUUUAUAUGCGAGGACACUCAUAUGCAUACAAUGAAGCCAUCUGACGGUCAAGCAAAGACCUUUCCUCAGAGUGACAGUUGUGGCUGCUUGAUAUUCAGUCCAGUGAUUUUUAACAAAGGGGUGCAGUGCAGUUUCUGAGACAGUGACUUUAUUCUUCAUCCCCACGCUGCUGUUAAAGGCUGGGACGUAGGCAGCUGAAGAGGACAGGCCAUAUGGAACAGAUGGACGAGUCAUAGUCCCUCUAAACCCCGCAGACCUCUCUCUGUCUCGUGCUGUCUCCCCUUAUUAACCCACAUACUCUUUACCCGGUCUCAUGGUGGGAUUACUGUUUACUAAGGAGGACAGCUGACAGACCCCUCUACACACAUGUAUAUACACAUAACUCAGGAUGUUUCAUUUCUCUUAAAGGAGACAGGAUUAGCUUAACUGAACUGAAUCUACACAUGAACUACUUCAUAUAUUCCAUGAGUUUUUAUCGUCCAAGAGUAUAAAGCCUUAUUUUAUUCUGCUUACUAACCUUUGUCCUCCUGUUUUUGUCUUUGUUUUUCUUAGAUUCAGCUACUGAUUGAGAUCAUCUGGCCUCUUUUUAUCUUCUUCAUCCUGAUCUCAGUCCGGAUUCAUUAUCCACCCUAUGAGCAACAUGAAUGUAAGAUCAAACAAUAUCACAUUUGCAUAUUUUGCAUUUAAACUGGCCGCUGAAUUUCUUGUAACUUUUGAUUUCUUUGUGAUUUAUUGCCAUUCAGAACACAACAAUAGUACUCUUUUAAACGCUCCUGUCAUGAUUCCUCUGUUUGAAGGCAUUGUAUGCUUUGUAUUUGCUUCCAAGAAAAAUCAACAUGUUAUUGUCACUGAGGGAUCAGUUUCAUUUGUCAAUAUUUGUUUGCCCUCUGCGAACAUGUGACAGGACCUUUAGCUCCUGGAAAAGGGAAUUGUGAAGUUGUUCCUCAGCACAGCUUGUUUCAAAACUGCGAUCGGGUUUCAACUCGAUAAGAUUAUCAAUGGUCCUAAGCACAAAAAAAGCCCCUCUCAGCAUUUAGAAAAGCUUUUUCAGCAGUGGGAAGGAAAUGAGUAACCUGCAACGCACUUUCCAGAGAGUAUUUAUUGAAACUACACGGGCGUAUUUAGGAGUGAAUAGAUUAUGUGGACGAAUUAACACCAAUAAUCUGUGCUUGUGAUUUAUUGAAUGAGCUGUACUGAAGUCACCUUUUUUGGAGAGAUUGUUUAAAAUUUGGUCCAGGAAGUUGAUUCAGAUACUGGUUCACAAGUACAGACAAGUGCACCAAUCGAGUGUACUUCUGUGACCAUUAUGAGCUUGUGCAUGAUUCUUCUGCUCUGGUUGUAAGUUUUAAUAUCAAUAAAACAGGGAAAACACAAUUAACCCAGUGAACUCCCAAAAACAGGUCAACCUUACGACCCCAGCUUUGCCCUCUACACUCAUCUCUUCAGUAAUAGAGGUAGUUAACAUCAGCAAACAGUAGCUGUAAAGCUCGCUGAUAAGAAUCCAAGCAAUCGUAAAGAUAAUGUUGGUGCUUUUUAAACUGGCUGGCCAGUGAGAAGGUUGUGAUGGUUUUUAUGUAACAGUUUGCACAGGUUAUAACUAUUUGAUGACAUAUUCCCUUUUCUUUUCCAGGCCACUUCCCCAACAAGGCCAUGCCCUCAGCAGGUACCUUGCCCUGGGUACAAGGCAUCAUCUGUAAUGCCAACAACCCCUGUUUCCGCAAUCCUACACCUGGCGAGAGUCCCGGAGUGGUUGGAAACUUCAAUGACUCUAUGUAAGUAUCACAAGACCUCUGGUUCAAACGAUGCCCCCCUUUAACUGAUCAAAGUGCAAAGAAAGAUUUGGCUCUUUGUCAUUUUAUUGAUCUUUGCAGCAACAGAAUACCCUUGAUGAAUUAGUAUUAGGUCGAGGGAAGUGAAACAGUGUUUAAUAUUCUUCUUUUUCCGUCUCUCUGCAAACAACAGAAUCUCCCGUCUGUUCACUGACGCCAAGAAGAUCCUGCUUUACUCUCAGAAUGAUAAAAGCUACGAGGGCUACAAAGGACUUUUGAGGGCUCUCAGGAAGCUGCAGAAGAACACUGCUCGUAAGGACAUAUUGAUAUGCUAAUAUUUAGUCCAAUUAGAUUUCUGAAUGACUGACAUGCUCCUAUAGAUAUGCCACGUGAUCAUUCUCAUGGCUGUUGACUAUUUAUACAGAAAAAGGGAACACUCCCACACCGCUGUGCAUGCAGAUAUGACAUAACUGUGUCAGUGACUUACACCCACAGUGGAUUCACACAUUGCUGUUGAUGCUUCUUAGCUCUGGAGAUGUUUAUGAUAACGACAAAAAAGCUGUGAAAUAUACAAAAGCUGAAAAUCAUCGCAUAUUUAAAAAAGAAAGACAGAGUUUGCUGCUCAUGUUAAAACAUCACCAUCUCAGACAUGUGCAGUAUUUGAGUUUAGUUUUUGAACAUUUGAAACAGAAAGAAGCAGUUUUAUCACCACAUUGGCUAUUUUGGAGCAGAUAGAGGUCAUCUUACCAAAAUAACGUCUCACUGACUGUGCUGUCUCAGUCAAAGCAACCGCAAAGUAGAAAAAAUAGAGAUGUGCUCAACCCUCCUUUCACUUUUCUUUCACUUGAAUAGACAGUGCUCAAACACAUUAAUUUUGCUCUGUGGUGUAAACAAAUGCAUUUUAAAUGCCACACCAAUACUCACUGGAAACAGGCCCUGAUAGAAAGAUAAAGAAAAAACUCAAAUCAUGUAUUAAAUGGAGCAUAUGAAUAUAAGGCAUGGCAUUACAGGAUGUAGUGCAGGAAGGGUAAACAUGAGUGAUAAAACAUCUGACCUCAUGUAUUUUCCAUAUCGUAAUAACAGGCUAAUUAUGAUGUCUGUCUUUGUAUUUGUUCUGUUGCUAGUGUAUUGCUACAGUAAUGUCUGUCUGAUUCGCUUGUCACAAUCAGUCCUCUCAGUAUCUAUAAAAGAAACAGAGGUAUCAGUUCGGGUUUCCACAUCGGGUUCAGAUGUAAGGGUAAAUUUAACAGAGCCUAUACUGAGAAAUUAUGCAACAAAACAGAACAAUCAAGGUUCUUGUUGUCGUGGCUGCCUUCUGCUCUGCUUGCCUAGAGGUAGGGUGAAUUAUGCAACGACCCCACAAGGCAUAGCAUGGCCUUAGAGAGGAGACAUUGCACAUCAGAGAAAGUGAGAAGAAGACUGAGUGUUUUGAUUUUGAAUGUAAAAGUUUGAAUGUGUGGUGUGGUCCUCUCCUGUCUACAUCCACGAUCAGUAAGUGAUUCCUUUUUCAUUGGAAUCAGCAGAGUCUGUGCUCUUGAUCGAUGUUAUCCUGUUUUUAUUCACUUGUUUUUUUAACAAGCUUUAAGUGCAUUUGUUGACUUCAUCACAAUUGAUUUUUAAAUGCACAGUGAACCAGCGCUGUCUGAUCCCACACUUCAGUCCACUCUAUAUACAGCAUGUGCUUCAAAUCCACGUGUGGGAAUGCAGAGACUGAGGAUGGGGGACAGGCGUGUUUGAUGCAGGUGGAAGCAAACGUGGAAAUGCUGAUGCAGGCUUAUGCUAUAGGAAAACCAGUACGGAUCAAAGAGCUGAGGGUGGAUCCCCUCACGUGUUGGUUAAUAAUUUAGCUUCUGAUGUUGUCAGAGGAUGGUAUAUACACAAAUCGGGUUGGGGAAAGGAUUAGUACUUCCUAUAGGAUGACGAGAUAAAAAAGGAUAUUCCCAUAAUGAAUCAGAUAUGAUGAUCUCUGCUUGAUGAGCUUGCGCAGGAUGGUACUGACAAAUCUCAAAACACAGUUGAACUUUUGAAGCACUGAGUUAUGCAACAUUUUUGUCCUGAGAAAGGGUUUUUUAGUAUUCUUAAAAUAUAAAAAAUUAAUGAGAGAUGAAUGUGGUCUGAUCCUAAAUAUGGAGCUUUUAGUAUGCCACAGGACUUUUUUUUUAUCAUCCAAUCUGUCUGCAUGGCAGUAAAGCCCAGGGUGGAUUUCUUUAUAAUAGAGGAGACCAUUUUUUAGCCUUUUAUCACCUCCAUACUUUAUCUGCCUGGCUGCUUUAAAAGAGUACAGGGCUCGAUUUGUCCAAUCCUAAUCUCUGAAAAUGGAGACAUGUGAAUUUUACUUUGCGUCCCUGUCAUGUAUAAAUGGCUUCACUUUAUGGGGCUGUAUUCCCUCCCCACUGUCUACCUGUAACCCUGCCUCAACCUCAUGUCUCUAACCUGAGUACUGAAACCAGGCCCCACGCUCAAAAUAGCUUCUUCAAGAGGCGAGAACGAGUGAAAAUGACAUCCCCAUUGAGGUGAGGUCUAAAUCGGGAUGUCCAAAACUUUAAUAGGUUCCAACAAACGACCCAUGUAAGUCAAGCUGUAUUUUUGGAUCAAGUUUCAACCAGAGGAAAACAAGUUAAAACGGUGAUAUAAUCAAAGAGUUCACAUCUCUUUUUAUUCAGGAUUUUUGUUUUUUACCUGUUAUUUAAGCAGAUUUUAGAGUUGUAGUUUAACACAAACAAUGACCCAUUUAUAGACCAGUUUGACCAGUGAUGAUACUGGCUGAUGAGCUUGUGUUGCCAGCGUUGUUUAAUCCAAAACAGGAUAGGCACUAGGCAGCAGGGACAUGUAGAUACCUGUAGGUGUUAAUGAAGGGUUUGCCACUGUCUACAGCUGCUGAAGACCAAGGAAAAACAAACACACAUGUUCUUUUCUUUAAAAUAUGUCUUUCAUAACCUAAUGGGUUUACGCACUCAGGUAAAAGAAUUAGGACAAACACACACAUACACCAAUGAGAUUACUAAGUGAAAUGUGAGACACAUAAACAAACACCACUGCCAGACUUUCAAUUUCAUGAGAGUUGCACCACCCAGUCUGUUCUAUCCUCAAGUGCCUCAGAUGCAAUGCACCAUGGGAGCUGUAUCUUCCUACCGAGACACUUAUUAGACCUUAUUAGCACUCCCUGGUUGUUCACCUGAGGGAGUUCAACACACGAGGAAUAGGUGAACACACAUGCACACAUAAACAUGCACAGAGGCCUUUGGGGAGCAGGGGCUGUGAGAAUUUAGUUUGCAACACACCACACACUCCGACUUCAGACUCUAGAAGCACACACACCCACACACACACACACACUCUUUUCAGAGACACCACACAUGUACCCUCAACACACAGAAACACACUGUUCUCUUUCACUUCCUCUCAAGGGAUGUUCGAGUCAGUCGCAAUGAAGUGUUUCCUGUUUGUGUGUGUGUGUCAUUUGAUCCCUUUAAAAGACAUCAAGUCAAAUAGAUUUAUCAGAGAGUAACAGGAGCUGAAGGUGUAAUAUUAGACAGACGUCUAAAAAAGCUAUCAAAGUUUAAGUUACAUAUGGACGUUUCAGAGGAAAGCACAUUUUAAACAGUCUCCACAAGGGCAGUAGAGCAAAUCAUGGCUCAAACAAACCAUGCUUACGCAAAAAGUACGCAGUUACACAACAGUUUGGAGCAGUGCUGCAAUAAACAAAUCUGCUUUUGGAAGCUUAAGUCAAGAAAAGUUCCUGAAAAAUAAAGUUUGAAGGGAGAGAAAAGUGGGCAAAAAGCUUCUCAGUAUGCAGAAAAAUAGGUGAAAGGUGGAGACAGUCAGGAGGAAGUGAGUUACAGUUCAGAGGGAGGACAUAGUUACACCAACUCCGGACUGAAGUGGAAUGCCCUGUAGUAACCUCAGCUGAAAACAAAACUGAGGGGAGCUGAGGAGAAGAAAGCGGAGUGUGUGUGUGUGUGUGUGUGUGUGUGUGUGUGUGUGUGUGUGUGUGUGUGUGUGUGUGUGUGUGUGUGUGUGUGUGUGUGUGUGUGUGUGUGUGUGUGUGUGCAAUAACUCAGCUGACUCAAGCCAGAUUCAUAAAUGGUUUGACUGCUCUGGAAUGCAGCAAAAAGUACAAAAAGUCCUCAAAGUGCUGAAAGGACACUUUUGUGUAUGUUUGCAAAUACAUCAGUAUUCAGUUUUACAAACUCAGCAACAGGCUUCAUGAUCCAUGUUUGAAUCCAUGAUUAUUAGUCCAUUAUUAAUAAUGGUACAAAUGAUAAAGAUUAAAAAGUGAAUUUAAGAACACUGCAGGGUGUCCUGGUAUUAACCCACAAAUACAGGGUUUUUAAUUUUAGAACAAAGAGGGUUUUAUGUCUCGCUCUUUGUCAUUUUAAUGCUUCUAAAUCUUCUUUUUCUAGGUUUCAAGUUAAAGGACUUCCUCCGAGACAACGAGACACUUUCCCAUUUUCUGCACCACAACGCCUCUCUGCCCCGUCACGCGCUGAAGCAGAUUGUGGAGGCUGACAUCAACCUGGAGAAGGUAAAAAAAACACUCCUGUUUUUCAACAUUUCUCACACAGAAAAAGUGGUCCUUAUAGAUUAACUGAUCAAAACACGCACUGGGGGGAUUUGCUUGAUACAGACCUCCACCAAAGUCAGCUGCCUCUGUACUGCCGCUGCCAACAGUACAGUAUUAUUUUGUGCACAGUACUGUGUGUGGUCUCUUUCAUAUAUGAGAUAAUCACAGUCUCCUGACCACAUAAAUGCAUUGACCUUGGUUUGACAGUAUCUGUCAGGCUGCAGCUAAGCCCUUAAUACCAGAGUCAGGGGGUGGAAGGGGGUAAAAACGAGAGGGUAUCCAAGCCCCUCCUAACUGUCUGUACAAAUAAAACAUUUCAGUUUCUCAGCACUGAAACAACUGACUUUAUCUUGAACCCUGAUUGUCUUUACUUCUCAUUUAACUCAAUUCUAUGAUUCAUUUUGUCCACCUGGCAUAUUGAUGUAUUUCACAGCACCGCACAUUCCCACGCACGUGCACAAACUUCUUCCUCUACCAUUUAGAUCGAGACCCUUUGUUUGUUUGUAACCCGAUUUCAUAUCCAUAUGGUACAUUGGCUUUGUCAGCUGCCCACCUCGACAACAGCCUCCAGCCCGGCCCACUGUGUUGUCUUCCCUUUGUGAUUGGAGGGCUGCUGUCACAUGGCCGCUGCUCUCCCCUACCCCCUAUUUCUCCUCACGUGCAGAGGCGCAGACUCCGAGAUAAAUUCACAUCACAGCACCUGGUUCUGGCCAUUUAUUUCUUCUAGACAUCUAUUGAUCAGAGGAGAGGACUAUCCAUUCAGUCCAUGAAGGUCGUUUGAAGCAUUAUUCAAGGAGGAGAGGAGAGGAGAGGCCCUUGAUGUUAUAAAUGACGUCCUUUCAGCAUCACGACUUUGCUGCCAUAAGAUGAACUACACACAUAAACAAUGAACAUGCAGCUCUUUCAUUGAGGAAAUAUGUUUUGAGUAUCUAUUCGAUGGUUUACAUGAUUACAAACCUCUGAACUUGAUGCUGUAAGCCCUGAUGUUUUUCCAGUGAAAAGAUUAACAGCUGUGACUGUCACGACUGUGUGUGCGCGCGUGUGUAUGUGUGUGUGUUUACAGUUUGUAGUCUGAUAUACAUGAUGGCAUAACACAGAGUCAUCAAGGACACACAUACACUCACACACAGCCGCACAUACAAACAUCUUGUCUCGGUCAGUGAGGACUCAGUCCCUGUCUAGUCCUUGACGAGCUGACAAGCCAGGAAAGAACAAACUGUUUUGCUGUCUGCAGAGUCAUAAAUCUAACAUGUGUACCAGUAAAUGUGUUCAACCCUUUCUGAGAAGGGAGGAUAGCAAAGCAUUUUUAAGCGAUGAUGAAAAUGAAUUAGUGAUCAUCACCUUAUCGGCUCCUUAAAAUAGAGUUAUAUUUGGAUUAUAUUCUUCAGGAAAGGCUUUACUACAGCUGUCCUUGGCAAGAAGCUAAGUUGAAAUCAAUACCAACUCUUUGAUUCAAGGCUCUUUACUAAUCUCUGUCUGUGAGCAAUGUUGUUUGGUUUUUUUUAUCAGGUUUUGGGAACAUUUUUGGACUGAUACACAACAUUCUUUUAGGAACAAGCACCAAGGGAGCUCAUAGAUAAGUCAUGAACAGUAUUAGUCACCUCACUGGAGUUUAGUAUUAGCUGUGAAAGCAAAGUGAUGCAAGUAUUUGAAGGGAAACAGAGAUAUGAAGUGAAUAAUUUCACAGUGUAAUCGGCUCUUUUAUUCUCUGUUUUCAGCAGAGUAAUAAUUGUGGAGUAUUUGUUAAAGCUUGUAACAGUAACUUUAAGUUUUACCCUCCUGUUUGAAACACUGUGCCCUCUUCUUGUCUUCUCAGGUCCUGACCAAAGGGUUUGGCUUUCACCUCAGAGACCUAUGUAACGCCACCCCUCUGGAGGAGUUUGUUCAUAUCGCCGACAGCAACGUGUCCCAUCUGACUCAAGAAAUUAUCUGCAAGUCCUCCAGUGAUUGGCUGAACAAAGCACAAAGUCACUUCCUGUCCAACUUAGACUUUCUUAAACCAAUUCGGGUGAGUUAUGGUUUGAAGUCAAACACCAUUUAAGUGCUUUAACACCACAAAUCUGUUUGAAUUUAGCACCACAAAAUAAAACAGGGAUUAAAAAUUGUUAACUUAUUCUAAUUGACUGCCUUUGAGGUCUUUCUGCCUUGACUGCUGAUUUGACGCCAGUAACUAUGACUCUAAAUAGAGCUGACAAGAGGAAUCACUGUCUUCUAUGUCUUAUAACAACCAACAAAGACCAGAGGCCCCACCAAGCUUUUCUGCUUACUCCGAAACAUUUUGUUUUCUUUACUCCUUUUUCCUCCCCUCUCUGCCUGCCAAGCGUCAUUUCUCCGCUGCUUCUAUCUCCCCCCUCCCAACAGCAUGCCCCCUUUUCCCAUAAAACCCAUGACCUAAAUGGGAGUCAUGUUGGUGAAGUAUGGGUGAGGGGUGAAACAAACAUUGUGUGCUGUGCAGUAGUGCUGAUCUUUGGAAGAUGCGAACGACAAAGAAAAAGAGACAGUCUGUGUAAGCAGUACUCGGUAACCAAGGCCGUACUUUGUUUGUAGUCCCGUUAAAGACAUUUAAUGAGCUUCUCUCUUGUCUCUUGAUAAAAGUACAACCUCAGUUACAGGCCAAAGUAUAGUUCACUUUCACAAUGAUGCAAGAAUGGAAACUCUUUUCCCAAAAGUAACACGAUUUUGCAGGAGCUGUUACAUGACUCAACUCUCUAACCUUUAGUCAGCCUGCGUGUGGGUGUUUGUGUGUGUGAGAGGCACAAAAACCACUAAAUUAAGAGAAAACAAGACAGAGGAGUGAACAAGUGAGAGGGAAAGAUAUCCGUCCUCUCUCUUUUUCCUAGAAGGCUGUUCAGUCUUCAGCGACACGUGCUUGACUGAGUGGCAGACGUUCCAUCAGCUGACGGCUUAGUGUGAUAGAUGAGGAAACACACACACACACACACACACACACACACACACCCUACUUUGACUGACGGGAACAUGGGUCAAAGCCAGGGCUGACCUGUUGUUCUUUCUCGGCACCCCUCAUCCUGACCCUUGACCUCAGUGUUUUUUCUCCCCUCUUUCUCUCGCACCUCCUCCUCAGCCAAGCUUGUUUUUUUUUUUACCCUCUAUUCUUUAUUUAUACUUUCCUGUGUCUUCUGUGGAUAAAACUACAAAAUACAAAGACAAUAGUACCAACAAAAUGCAUGAAUUUGCAUCGUAGAAUUUUACUUUUAAAACUCUAUAAACCUUGAUGUCUCCGACCCCUCACAUGCCUGUCAGUUUAUUUUAAUUGUUUGUUUUAUUACAUAUCUAUUUCCAAAAUUCAAAAGCUUUGAAGGCUUUGCAUUAUUUCAAUAAUCCUGUUUUUCUCCUACAGAGGGAUGUCAAGGCUGAUCCCAAAGUCAUUCAGGAAGUUGCGGCUGCCACUGACAAUCUUCUGGAGAACCUGGGAUCACUGGCUGUGGAGGUAAAUUCCCACAGAUGUGCAUGCAUACAUUUACACAUAUGCAAAGUUCACAACCGACGUAUGUUACCAACACUACAGUAUUUGCUUCCAAAGUUCAGAUUUUACUCAUAAUGUCACCCAGAACUGAACUCCCGGGUCAUACGAGGCCCUGGCGAUAUUACAUACGCAUGUGUACACACUGACUGCAGAUCAUUCAUGCAUUUUAAAAUAGAUUCAUGAGGUGCAAAGAGCAACGCAGGUAAUCAUCAUAGUCACAUCAGGAAAGUCAAUGAAAAGGGCAAACACGCUGCUUCAUUUAGUGGAAACGACUCUUGGAAAAGCUCAUAAGCUUGAAUGAGUGAUUUAAAAUGAGACACACCCAGCAGCCGUGAGGUCUUUUUUUUCCGUGUUAACAGAAUUUUCAACUUGGUUUCACCUUUUCUCUGUUUUGAAGCUGGAUUCCACCACAGAUUAUAAACUUAUUUUUGUAAAAAAAAGUGUUCAUACCAACCCCUGUGAGAACAAAGAGGCUGUGUACAAUGUUCCUGCAGAGGAUGGCACAAAGUGUCUUACUCAGCUGACAGCCAGGUGUAGUGUUUUCAUUGUCUGGCCCACACUGCAUAGAAUCACAUGCUCUCACAUUUACGCUCGCUGGCGUUUACACCUGGCCUUAACUAAUGUAACACAGUCUGAUGUGCUCAGAUGAAAGGAGAGAAGCAGCAGUCUGUGAUGCAAACGCACAAAAACAACACAACCCCCUCUCUCUUGGGCUCCAGCUCUGCUGAGUUGGCAAAAAAUGAAGGCCCAGCUGCCAGCGUGGUGUGCGUGUGUGUGUGUGUGCAUUUGCUGUCAAAGCAGCUGUAAGAUUAUUAAACAGCUUUUCUUAUAGUACCUUCAGCCUGUAAUUCUUCAACCUUUCCCAACACUUGUUAUCCCUCUCAUUGCCCUCCAUGUGAGAGUGCAGUAAUCACCAAACAUGAGCUCUUGAAAUGAGACCUUUAGAUCAGUUCCUCAGGUGUGACAUUUCGACGGGCAGAUCCGACACAUGGACUGAAAGAGCAUUUUAUCUAAUCACUAAUUACUCUGUCCAUUUCUAAAAUCCUUCCACUUCAGCUGGUAUUACUUUGUCUGAAGCCGAUUAUAUGGGUUAGCUUAGCUGGUUGGUAGAUGGGCUGCAAAGCUGGCAGAGUGAAAAAUGUACUCAUGUAACCUUCGUUCCCUAACCAGUAAUCAUCUGCAGCCUGUAUUUCAAUCCAGGCUUAUCACUGGUGAGAGGCAAAAAGUACUACAGGGAUAAUGUGAUUUAUUCUGUACAAACAGAUGUCUUGAAAAGCCCAGAAUAACUCUGCCUUUACCUCCAGUACUAAAACUGAGUCAAGUUUAACAAAACUCACCUGAUAUUUUGACUAGUUUAUCAAUUAAAGCUGAUAGGCUGUGUUUGUCAUAUAAAUGUUGCUAAAUCCUAAUUAGCUGCACUUUUCUCCAGAAACCCUCGCCUCUGUCAGCGAGAAGAUUAUUUUGUUCAGCUCAGAACAGCUCUGAAAGAGCAGAGAGCGAAUAAUCGGAAAUCACUCCCAGCCUUUUACAACAAGUGAUGCUAAAGCCUCCAUUAUGGUAAAAUAAGACGAGUAAAUUUCACUAAAUUAAGUUAAUUAAUGUCAUUUUUGGAAACAUAAGUGGCAUUCAUCUUUAUUGUACUGUUUGCUGUAAUAGGAUUGAGUGGUUGCUUAGCAAAGCAUUAGCCUCGAUGCUAAGACACACAGUCAUAGUCGUCUCUGAAAAAUUAAUAACAUGCCUUUGUGUAUUUAAUUCUUACAGGUAGACUAUAAAACUAUGGUAGGAUGUAGGACGUUCUUCCUCAGUCUUAAGGUUUUUAGACGAUGACCUGGUUAGGCUAAAUUGUAUUUACAUUUCAUAAGUUUUUGUUAACAGUUAAUUUAUGAUUGGCCAAUCAGCAGGUCUGGACUACAUAGCUGUCUGUUGAAGUGGAACUGUGAACUAUAGUAACCUCAGACAGGCUGCGCUAAGAGGUUACUGUGGGACAAUCCUCCUCUGCUGCCUUUCUAUUCUGUAGAGUGUGUAUGUGCGAGCGUGUGAGUGAGUUACUCAUCCCGUCAACCAAGUUAACAUGGGCAUCAUCCCUGUAGGGAAGUGACAUGUAUGCUCAGUCACACAUGAAUAUGCACUUGCAAAGACCCACACACACUUGGCAGACGGUCUGCCGCGCACGAUCAGAAGUUGCAAAAUGUGCUGAAGAAGAUGUUAGUUUGUGGGUGUGCAAACAUCCAACACCAUAACAGUGGGAAUCAAAUUGUGGUUUAGUCAUUGUUCUUGUGUUUGCAGCUACUGUAGCCCCAGGUAUAAACACACAUAUUUAAAGGUACACACACACACACGCGUUGAAAACCUGGGAACCUUUUUAUGCAAAAACACAAAGGAAAACUAUCGACCUAAAAGAGACAGCUAUGCAAACACUCCAAAGCAACCUUCGCAUUGUAACACCUGGUUUUUGUGACAGGAAAGCAUGUGACAGGUUUGAUGUUGCUGCGGGCUCAGCUGUGAGGCUGAUCUGUGAUCUGAGAUGCAACAGUUCACUCGGUCUCACUUUCUCUUCGCUGGUAAACAGUGUUGAAUAUCUUGUGGAUGGAAAGAGUCGCAAACAGUAGCCAGCUGACUUGAAAUAACACAGAGUCGACAGAGAGAACAGCGCUGUUUGUUCUGAAACAGCCAUGCAUGCCAUGUUAGGUUCUCCUGUCUGCUUGAGCCUCGUCCCACCAGCAUGUGUUUAUGCGUGCAAGUGUGUUUGUGUGUCAGCGCGUGUAACAGCGCUCAGCUUGAUGAGCCAGCAGAGCUUUGCCUAUUAGGGAUGACCUAUAGUAACCUCUCUUUGUUCUCGCACCUUCUUCUCUGUGCUUAUUACCAACUCCUGCUCCACUGUUUCUUCAUAUGUUCUUUCUUUCUUUCUUUCUUUCUUUCUUUCUUUCUUUCUUUCUUUCUUUCUUUCUUUCUUUCUUUCUUUCUUUCUUUCUUUCUGUCUUUCUUUCUUUCUUAUCUCAACUCCUCAUAUAUUCAGCUCAGGAAAGGGUCCGCUUCUCUCAGCCUCGAUACCUCUCUCACACACACGCACACACACACACAUAUCUUGAGCUUUACCUAAGCCAAUGUACCCCCCUCCCUCCUGUAGUUCACACUUAGCAAACAAAAGCUCCCCUUCUCUUCCUCCUUGUCUUUAUUUAACUUGCACAGAGAGCACAACUCCCCGUGUUGUUCCUUCCGUAUCACGAGUCGGUGACAUAAUUGCAUGUGCAGUUGACCAGUUUUGAGACAUGAACAGGGAGCUUGUGGCGACUUGUCUCUUGACCUGUAGUAACCUCCGCCUGAACCAAAAUGAACUCGCUGCUGUCUUCAGUCUGACGUAACAUCAACUACGUCGUAAAGAGAAAAUCAAGCCCAUAUUUCAGGAGAAAAAGAAACUAAAGUCUAGAGUCUGUUUGAGUUGCACUGGAGAGAUGUGACUAUAACACCUCUGCUCAACUUUAAAGCAUCAUUUUGCCGAACUGAGAACAAUGACUUACUCCAAAUACUCCAGUCCUAGACUCAGUGGUUUCAUUUUGUUUAAUAAAAACACACUCUUAAUGCGUUUGGGCUUGCAUCCAUUAUUUAUGACUUUGCCAAUGGCAUCAAACCAUGAUGAUGGUAGCUGAGCAGCAGCAGCAGCAGCACAACACAUUUUGGUGUGUUGGAUAGGCAGAGGCAAAAUACAGUAUGAGAGCCCUUUCUUUUAUUUCUUAAAAACAUUUAACCUCUGAACAUUAGUAAACACAGGACAGCUCCUACAUACUCCAUGAACUAAUAUUCAAGUUUAUUUUAGGCUAAUUAAAUCUAAAUCGAGUGUAGUAUGUCAUCUGACCUCUUUUCGGAGAGAAAUACAGAUCCACACGGACACAUGUCCUCACACAGGAGGAACAGGCAUGUGCGUGUGAAGAGGGGGGAGAUAGGACCGGGAACAGCAGUUAAAUUUAUCUUAGUCAGACAGACGGCUAAGUGCUGAGUGAGUGUCUCCACCCUACAGUGCAACACUUCCCCGUCCAAAAUACCUCUUAGAGAGCAGUUGAUAACCUCUAAUGACUCGAACCUACAGUGUUAUAUGCACAUAUAAGGGUUUCUGUAAGCUGCGUCUGUUUUUGAGAUGACACCCUUUCAAACAUUUUGAUGUCUUACACUGUAUGUUCCAGUAUUUGAGACAUACUGAAAGAAGAAGCACCUACAGGGACAUAAAAAGAGAAACAAAAACAGUAACUGUAAAUCCCAACAGUGAGAGGUAUCCAGAGUCACAGUUAUUAUAUGGUGAAUAUUGCUGUUAGAGACCUCUGGGGUUUAUUUCUAUGUGUUUUCAACAAAGAUCUGAAUUAUGGACAACUAAUGUUCAUUUUCCCCUCAAUUUUCCUCACUCUUUUAUCAUGGAUAGAGCAUUAAGAUGUGUUUUUGUGUAUUUAUAUCACCAACUUUGAAGACCUGGACUUGAUCAUGCUCAUAUUUUUAUGUGUUUACCCCUGUAGCUUGCCAGUAUGAAAAGUUGGAAGGAUAUGCGUAAGGAGAUCCUGUAUCUGACUGCAAACGCCACAAGCUCUCCAAAUCAGAUGUACCAGGCUGUGUCACGUAUCGUUUGCGGACACCCCGAGGGGGGUGGCCUCAAAAUCAAGUCCCUCAACUGGUAUGAAGACAACAAUUACAAGGCCCUGUUUGGGAACCAUGGCAACGACAGCGACAAUGAACCUCUGUCUGCUUAUGAUAACUCCUCAAGUAAGUUUCCACAAUCACCUGAAAUAACGUCGACCUUUCUCUGCUCAAUGAGUUCCUGACAGUUAUUUACCAGAAAAGGCAGACAAGGUUAAAGUCUUGAAUCUCUGUGGUUGUUUUCCAGCACCUUAUUGUAACAACAUGAUGAGGAGCCUGGAGUCAAGCCCCAUUUCCAGGAUGAUCUGGCGAGCUCUAAAGCCUCUGCUCAUGGGGAAGAUCCUGUAUACCCCAGAUACUCCAGCAACACAGAGAAUCAUCCAUGAGGUAUGAAAAUGCCUCUUUUAUCUCCAAAACCCCAAUUGUGAUCAUGAGUGUUGCCCAAUUCAAUGAAACGGUGUGUUUUACAGGUUAAUAAGACCUUCCAGGAGCUUGGCGUGCUGAGGGAUCUUGGAGGGAUGUGGGAGGAAAUGAGGCCUAAAAUCUGGAACUUCAUGGAGAACAGCGAGGAAAUGGACUUGGUCAGGGUAAGUUGGAGUGAUUUACAACACACCCAAUAUGCACGUCAGAGCUUUGUUCCUGGAGCUCUUCCUGUUUACACGACAGGGUUGAAGCCAGUUAUCUGGCAUCCACAUAAUUAUGUCUCUGAUGUUACUGCGAAGGAAGUCACUGCCACUCAUGUUACUUUAGUUUGGCCCUAUAUUAUUAAAAAAACAAACCAAGUCGUCAAUAAAGUCACAAAAUCAGUUUAUCCUUUUCAUACCAGGGUGAUAGUUUUAAUGUGGAGAGAGAGGACCCAGGCAAAGAGAUGAUAUGUCUCUGUGCUGGUUUUGCCUUUUAGAUAAACACCAGAGUGGUAAAAAUGAGAGACUGAUACACAGUGUGAUAAAUUCAUUGAGAGCUCACCAAUAAAACUACUAUCUGAAACAAGACAGAGGAACAGUCUGGAUGGUAACAAAACUAAUAAAAUACAUCCAGAAACAUUUGAUCUUCUCCUGAUCUCACCAAACAAAGUCACUGUAGCAGAAUAUUUCUACUUUUAGCAGUUAUUACAAAAAAAAAACCUCAAUAUAAAAGCACAUGUUUCAAAACAUGGCUAGAAAUCUUCUUUUUUCCCAACGUGCCACUUUUUUUCUCUAGCAAAUUGCAUGAGCACCACUUCCACCUAGUGGUGAAAUGUGGUACUGUCAAGGAAUGUCAAGGUCCAUAAAAUGAGCCCCUGAAUAAUUAAUCAAUUGAAUUUGAAUUUCCUUUCAGAGUUUUUAAUAAGCCAUCUCCAUCCGAGAUAAAACAGGCCUUGUGUCAUAUUCAGUUUUGGUCGUUAAUUGACAAGAGGACUGCGCUCACUGAAUGAAGAGACAUAGUUUAAUGUGUCUGUGAAAACAGAAUUCAGAUGACAUGAAAAUAGGUCAUUGGCCAAAGAAGCCAAACAGGGUGCAGCAGCAUGAAAGGUCACACUCUGAUGAUUCAACACUUUUUUUUUUUUACAGUAUUUCUUUGACACGAAUGACGGUGCUGGAAGAAGACGGUCAAAAAGAUGUUAAAGUUUCAUAACAGUGACACUUUGAGCCACUCAUCUGCAUCUAGUACUUCAUUAACCUGAACAAUACAAACCCUUUUUUUUCACAGACCUUGCUCCAGAACAACGCAAGUGCUGCCUUCUUCAAUGCUCAGCUCAGUGGGACUGACUGGCGUGUGUCAGAUGUGUCCAAAUUUCUGUCGAAGGUCUCAGAGGACCAAAGACCAACAGGAUCAGCCUACACCUGGAGAGAGGUUUUCAAUGAAACAGACCAGGCCAUACAGACCAUCUCCCGCUUCAUGGAGGUUAGUUUGGUGACAAAACAAGAGAAACAAAAACAUAUGUAAAUACAUGUAUGGACUGCUUGGGACAGUUUCAACACACUUGCAGGUGUUGGGGUGAAAUGCUGGGUCUGCUAAAGUGUCGUUUUGUUAUUAUUUCUCAUUAAGGUCAAGCGACAUAGAAAACCCAGCAGAGAAAUAGGUUAAAUACUAGCUGUCUAAAGAUGUUAUAUAUAGCAUUACAACAUCCUUGACUAUCUUUUAUUUUUCUUUAAUUCACUUUCAACAGCAAUUAGAUCCUGGCAGGGCUAUUAAAAGUCUUGAAAUCAAAUGUUCUUUCCCUUCCCCGGUCAAAUCGAAUUACUACCCCGCUGAGUCCGUCACAGUUCUCUGUCUCUGCAUUGUGGGUCAGUGUGCCGGAGCCGAGCCCUAAGGAUAAACAGCCACUGACAAACCCCUGCCAACUGUUAAUUGAUGUUCAUGCCCUGAUGAAUGGCCACUUGUGAUCUGUUUUAUCUUUGCCAGGGAAUUUCUCCAAUGAGCCUUAAAAGUAAACACAAAUGUCAAAGUUUUACCGCAGAUAUGUUACGAUCAGACUACCUCUGAUAUUGUAACGAUGUUGCAACUAUAAAUGAAGUUUUUAAUGUGAUUCAAAACCACCUUGCAACCUCAAACUCCUCCUCUCCUUAUCAAUUAUACUUAUGUUGGGUGUUGCAUGAAAAAGCACUAAGACAGUCAUAAACAUAAAAAACAUCACAUGCAGUGUACAAAGGUUAUCAGCACCAUGACAUUUCUAUUAUUCAUGUCAAACUGCACAAACCAGCCCACUGACCUAGUGACUGUGUCCCACCUUUAAAAGAGGUCAUAUAAUGAGUAUAAACUGACAUUCCUCACUAACAAAAACUAUGUCAAGGCCCCCUCUACUAUAAACACUUUUAAUGCCAACAGCAUUAGGAGCCUGCUUUUCAUUAUGCUGCUGUUUGCUUCUCACAGGUUGUGAGGGAAUGAGGUUUAAGUCAGCUUAUGUCAGCUCUGAAACGUCUGUGAGAGGGUAAUCUGAGAGCCUUUUCUCAACAAAUCAACUCCGACUCAGUUACAGAGUGUCUAUUCAAAGCUCAUGAUCUGUGUUAAAGGUUGCAGAGUUCAUUGUUGUUUUUCAACUCCAGAAGAAUAUCUGAGAGGAGGAGAGCAUGUGAUUGUAUGAGCUGGAUUUAUUGUGAUUGGUUUGUUUAGAGCCCACAAGAAUCUGUCACUCAAAAAGACCAUUUCUUGUAAGCGCAUUGAGUAGUUAUGACCCAACAAACCCAACAAACACAAUGAGGCUCUUUAGAUUUAUAUCCCAUAACCCCCCUCUCUCUUCUCCUUUCAGUGUGUGAACCUGGACAAGCUGGAACCAGUUGCAAAUGAGGAGAAGUUGGUUAACAAGUCAAUGGGUUUACUGGACAAUCAGAAGUUCUGGGCCGGAAUAGUGUUUCCUGACAUCGCCCAUGGCAACAGCGCUGACCUGCCUCCCAACGUGAACUAUAAGAUCCGUAUGGACAUUGAUAACGUGGAAAGGACAAACAAGAUUAAGGACGGGUAAGAGAGUGUGUCCACAUUUUGUGUUAGAUCAUUUGAAGGUUUUUUUUCUGUCCUGAGCUUACUGAUUUCAUUUUGUUUGACAGGUAUUGGGACCCUGGUCCCAGGGCAGACCCCUUUGAGGACCUUCGGUACAUCUGGGGUGGAUUUUCUUACCUGCAGGACGUCAUCGAGCACGGAAUCAUCCGAGCUGUCACCGGGAGUAAGGAAAGGACCGGCAUCUACAUUCAGCAGAUGCCUUACCCCUGCUAUGUCGAUGACAUGUAAGUGGCCAUCAUGCAGAGUAUAAAACACGCUUCACCUUACAACUUGAUAGUUGUUUGAAAAGGUAUACAAUUGUUUUUUAACUCUUUUUGUGACAGCUUCCUGCGGGUGAUGAGCCGCUCGAUGCCUCUCUUCAUGACCCUGGCGUGGAUGUACUCAGUCGCCAUCAUCAUUAAGGGAGUAGUAUACGAGAAAGAGGCUCGACUGAAGGAGACGAUGAGGAUCAUGGGACUGAACAACGGCACCCUGUGGCUGAGCUGGUUCAUCAGCAGUUUAAUCCCACUGCUGAUCAGCGCAGGCUUGUUGGUGAUGUUAUUAAAGGUCAGUGUUGCACAAAUGCAUGUGCGCGGACUCUGUCAGCAUACAGGAAUGUCAGCAAAAUGACUAAUCCUGAUGUUUGUGCUCAACAUUUAGCUAAAUACUGACUCUGGUUUUCCAGGAUUGCAACAAUUUGCCUGAGGAGUCAUAAUGUUGUAACCAGGCAGUGAUCUAAUUUUCUGUUUUGCCCUGCCUUUCCUCUUUAGAUGGGAAACCUGCUGCCUUACAGUGACUCAGGAGUGGUGUUUCUUUUCCUGGGCUCUUUUGGGGUGGUCACCAUCAUGCAGUGUUUCCUCAUCAGCACCAUGUUUUCUCGUGCCAACCUGGCCGCUGCCUGCGGGGGCAUCAUUUACUUCACCCUCUACCUGCCUUAUGUGCUGUGUGUCGCCUGGCAAGACUAUGUGGGCUUCGGAGCAAAAGUUGUGGUGGUAAGUAGAGAAAAUCUGUUGUCAUGAAGUGAUAAAGUAGGCCCCUGGACUUUUGUCAAAUGAUCUAGGUUAUCACACAUCCAACACUCAGUGUUGUUUCACUCUUCUCUCAGAGCCUGCUGUCUCCUGUGGCGUUUGGUUUCGGAUGCGAGUACUUUGCCUUGUUUGAGGAGCAGGGGGUAGGAAUCCAGUGGUCCAACCUGCUGGCCAGUCCUUUGGAGGAAGACAGCUACAACCUGACCACGUCUAUCAGCCUCAUGCUGUUUGACGCUGUGCUCUAUGGAAUAAUGACCUGGUACAUUGAAGCCGUCUUUCCCGGUGAGUCUUUGUUUAUGUUUGGUGUUGUCAUGAUUUAUUUCCUUUAAAGAGCCUAAUCCAUAACUUUCAGCCCAUGCAAAGUUUUUGGAGAACAAUUCUGACAACAGAACGUUUUUACUUUAUUCUCAGGUCAGUACGGGAUACCCAGACCUUGGUACUUCCCUUUCACCAGGACAUACUGGUGUGGGGAGAAAGAAAACCAGAACCUCUCCACCCCUUUGUCUAAGAAGGGCAAUGCUGAAGGUACAAAUCAUUGUCACUAUUUUGUCUACUGUAAAACUUUGAAUUGAGUCAAAAGUUAAAGACGCAGAUUGAUGGUGAGUCUUUGCUGAGCAGCUUGUUUUUUAUCGUUGUUUCACCCACAGCUGUGUGUAUCGAGGAGGAGCCCAGCCACAUCGAGCCAGGUGUUUACAUCGAGAAUCUGGUGAAGGUCUACAGCCAUGGAAACAAGCUUGCUGUAGACGGGCUGUCCUUGAGGUUCUACAAUGGGCAGAUCACCUCCUUCCUUGGCCACAAUGGAGCUGGCAAGACUACAACCAUGUAAGAGAAUUCACAUUACCUGGAAUACAUCAGUAAGAUCUGUUCCACUGAAGCAAGCAAGAUUUGAGUGAGGAUAGCUGUUAAUAGAUGUUGUUGUUGUGUUUGAUUUCUGAUAGGUCAAUCCUGACUGGGUUGUUUCCACCUACCUCUGGCACAGCCUAUAUCCAUGGCAAAGACAUCCGGACUGAACUCAGCACCAUCCGACAGAAUCUGGGCGUCUGUCCCCAGCACAACGUACUUUUCAGCAUGUAUGUAUUCAGUCAAGAUCUUGACAUUUUUAGACCAAGAACUGUAUUCUUUUCAAACCAACAGCAGCCUCCACUGAUUAUGUAACUGUGUGUUUUUUUUGUGGGGGGGUUUAGGCUGACAGUAGAAGAACACAUCUGGUUUUACGCCCGUCUGAAGGGGCUGCCCGAGGAGAAGGUGAAGGCUGAAAUGGAACAGAUUGUUAAUGAUGUUGGACUACCUCACAAACGAAAGUCCCGCACAAGCACGCUGUCCGGUCAGUUUUCUAAAUGUUAUCAGACACGUUUAAUCCAUGGAUUUACACAUGUAUGGUGUGUGCGGACACUGUUAAUCUGACAGGUUUUUGCAUUUUUGCCUUACAGGAGGAAUGCAGAGGAAGCUCUCAGUGGCUCUGGCUUUUGUUGGAGGGUCAAAGGUUGUGAUCCUCGAUGAACCGACUGCUGGGGUUGAUCCUUAUGCACGCAGGGGCAUCUGGGACCUCCUACUCAAAUACAGACAAGGUACAUUUAAGAGAAAACUUAUUCUUAGCCAUACAGUUGCUGUGUAUUCUUGUAAAUCUCUUGCAUGUGCACAGACGGUAAUCAGACCUCUGUUUUCUGUGUCAGGCCGCACCAUCAUCCUGUCCACUCACCACAUGGAUGAGGCUGACAUCCUGGGUGACCGCAUCGCCAUCAUUUCCCACGGCAAGCUGUGCUGUGUUGGCUCCUCGCUCUUCCUGAAGACACAGUUGGGAACAGGCUAUUACCUGACCCUGGUCAAGAGGGACUACGAUCUGACACUUCAGUCCUGUAGGAACUCUGCCAGCACCGUCUCCUACUGCAAGAAGACAGAAAAAGUAAGCGCAGAUGACUUUUUUUUAAUGUGAAAAAGGCUUCUUGUUAUUAAAAAACAUGUUUUUAUUUUCAAGUCUAACAAACCAAAACUCUUCACCCUGUUGCCUCUGCUUUAGGAGGACAGUGUGUCAGAGAGUAGCUCAGAUGCUGGCCUUGGCAGCGAACCAGAAAGUGAAACCACCACUAUCGGUAAGAACUGACUGUCUUUUAGCCUUUUAAGAGGAGGGUUUAUGUCUGACUUUGCAAAGUAUUGAAGAUGUCAAUGUUCCUCUAACUAUUUUGACUCAUUUCCUCUCUCCAGAUGUGUCCCUCAUCUCCAACGUGAUUUUCAAGCAUGUCUCCGAGGCUCGCCUGGUUGAGGAUCUUGGUCAUGAACUCACAUAUGUCCUGCCCUACCAGUCAGCUAAAGAUGGAGCCUUUGUGGAGCUCUUCCAUGAGCUGGAUGACCGACUCACUGACCUGGGAAUAUCUAGUUAUGGAAUAUCUGAUACCACGCUGGAGGAGGUAAAAAACAUUUCGUCUGGUUGCUUUUAAACUGUCAUUUUAAAUUCCAUGUUUGGACUGAAUGUAACGCAUCUUGAAUCUGCAGAUUUUCUUGAAAGUGGCGGAGGACAGUGGAGUGGAUUCUGUUGAGCUUUCAGGUAAGAUUCAGAUAUUUUAACACCCAUAUCUAAAGUAGCACCAUCCAUGUUAAAGAGAUAAACGAAACAGCAGAGCUCAGAUGGUUUUAAUAAACAUGGUGACCCUCCUUUGUUGCAGACGGAGUUGUGCCAACCAGGACUCGUCGCCGCCAUGCCUUUGGAGACCACCAGAGCUGCCUGAAGCCCUUCACUGAAGAUGACUUUGACUUCAACGACUCUGAAGGUGACCCAGGUAGAACUGCACUACCCAGCAUGCAGUGCAAUGAUAACGGCAUUCUUGUUGCUAUCAUUACUUUAGGAUUUCAUUGUUAAAUAGUUGGAUGGACUCAAAAUCAUCAUCAUCACGUUGAAAGUUUGUUGUCUCCUGUUCAUGGUCCUGGUGUGUAGAAUCUCGUGAGACUGACUGGCUCGGUGGAACAGAUGGCAAAGGUUCAUACCAGGUCAAAGGUUGGAGUCUGAAGAGACAGCAGUUUGUCGCACUCCUCUGGAAACGGUUCCUCUACGCCCGACGCUCCAGGAAAGGAUUCUUCGCUCAGGUACCAUUUAUUAGUUUGUUCAGUUACACAAACAAUGAGGCAAAUUUUGCCUUUCAUCAGCCGUACAGGAGUUUUAUAAUGAUUUCACUGUCUGUUGUAUUUCAGAUUGUUCUUCCUGCUGUGUUUGUGUGCAUCGCCCUGGUGUUCAGUCUUAUCGUUCCUCCGUUUGGAAAAUACCCAAGUUUGGCGCUUGAUCCUGGCAUGUAUGGAGAGCAGUUUUCCUUCAUCAGGUGAGUUUUCUUAUUUCUUUCUUGAAGAGACUGCAUCUUACUCUCCAUUAUAUAAAUCUCUCUAUAUAUAUAUAUACUGGAGUAGUUUUAUUUCCAGCUUUAAAGUGCACAUCUUAUGAAAAAUGCAAAAGGUUAUCUAACUGCGCAAAGGUUUGCCUGGAACUAAAAGUGUACAUUUAAAGCUCACUGGCUGACCAAUCACUUAGUAGAGUCGUCUAAAAGGAACUUCCUGUUAUAUAAUAGAAACAGGAGGAUGAAGUCCUCUUCAAUGUUGGUGUGUCAUAGGUAGAAGCAUCCAGGCAUUUAAUUUUAUUCUUAUUCAGACUCUAAGAUGUAUAACCAAAGGGUAUUUGUUGUCUCCUCUCAUUAGUAAUGACCUUCCUGAAGACCCUCACAUUAACAAACUACUGGGAGCUCUGACUGAUAAACCAGGAUUUGGAACUCGCUGCAUGGAGGGAGAGCCCAUACCGUGAGUUUGCCAACAUUUAAAUCGACAAACUUUGACUGUAAAUAAAAACAAAUCAGAAGCACACCUCACUGCUUCAAAUUAAUUAAGAAGAACAACUUCUCUUGUGUCUCUCCAUUCUCCAGGGACACUCCCUGUACUGCACUCGAGGAUGAAUGGUCGAUACCACAAGUCUCUCAAAGUGUAAAGGACCUGUUCGACAAUGGAAACUGGUCUAUGGAGAAUCCGUCCCCGUUGUGUGAGUGCAGUUGUGGAGGACGCAAGAGGAUGUUACCAGAGUGCCCUGCAGGUGCCGGGGGACUCCCACCGCCACAGGUUUGUGAAGCUAAACAAUCAAGUGUCGAUAUAUUAAGUGGACCUUCUCUUUCUUUUCACUGACAAAUAUACAAGCUGACUAGAAAUGGACUUUUUGUGUAUCUAGAUGAAGACCAGUGAAACGGACACUCUUCAGAAUUUGACUGGGAGAAAUGUCUCUGACUAUCUGGUUAAGACCUACGCUCAGAUCAUUGGCAAGAGGUAACACUCCCUAUAGCCCUGUAACAUGUUCACGCUACAUCAUGUUUUUUUGUGAUUUACAGACAAGGCAUUUAAUCUUUCCUUUCUUGUCCUACAGCUUGAAGAACAAGAUCUGGGUAAACGAGUUCAGGUACAUUACCACACUUAAUCCACCUCGAGUUUGUUGGUCAGUUAUUUAAACCCCAGUGCCUCGCUGCAAUAUCCUUCACUGAUAUUGAAACUGUUUUCUCUUUACACAGAUAUGGUGGAUUCUCACUAGGCGCCAGAAACUCUGAGUUUCUUUCCCAGACUGAUGAUAUUGAUGUUGCAAUCGCUCAGCUGAGGAGACGCUUCCGGCUGGAGAGAGUGAGUGCUUUUUAUUUUGUCUUUAUAUGACAAACUGAGUAUAAAACUCCUGUGGCCAAGCAGCUGAGACCAUGAGAUUGACAAAUAUCUAAUUGUCAUUUUGUCAUUUUAAUGGCUUUAAUCACCUUGAGUUAGAAUACGUUACACUGUUGGGAGAAGGUAGAGAGAGAUUUUUUUGUUAGAAAACACUUCAUGACCAGUAUAGAUAAAACACCAUGUGCUGGAUACAACAACUAAUUCUCACAUUUUUUAAAUUUUUUUUUUCAUUAUGACAGCUUUGUAGAAUUAGACAGGAUAGAGUGAUCCUUUACCACUGAAGGUUAGAGCAGCAUAAGCCUGCCUAUGUAUCUAAUAAGACUCUGUCCCUCUUUCUUCUUCCCUGUUCUCUAGGGAACAGCAGCAGAUCGUUUCUUUCACAGUCUCUCCAAUUUUAUCCAAGGACUGGACACCAAGAAUAACGUCAAGGUCAGCGCGCGCACACACACACACACACACACACACACACACACACACACACACACACACUCUCAUUAUACAACUGCACGUGGCUCUGUAGGUUACCUUCAAGCUUCUAAAUCCUUCAACAGGGACAUGAAACAUGCUUUACUAGCUCAGUGAAUACUAAUAAUAAUAAUAAAUGUAAUAAUAAUAAUAAUAAUAACAGUGAAUGUAAUAAUAAUAAUAAUAAUAAUAAUUGCUUUUUCCUUUGAUGUUUUACCAACAAUUGCAGUUGAUUUUUCAUCAUUUGUAUGAACCAAAGUCAAAAGCUAGAAUUUGAACUUUUAAUUGCAACAUUUUAUGCACUUAGGUAACCCUUUGAAUUUCCUUGACAACUUCUGAAAGGAUAAAUAAAGUCUGAUCUAAUUUAAUCCAAUCUAGUCUAAACCCCUUUCCUUAGAUUUGAUAUUGAAAAGCUUCAAUGUGACAACAUAAAAACAGUUGCCAAAAAAAUCACUAGUUUGGUCCAACUUAAGUGAGUAAAACUGGAGAGGGGAAAACGUAAAAAGCAUCAUCUUUUCUCUCAUGCAGGCUCGAGACAUUUCUCUGAUAAUAAACUAAUUUACUCCUGGAUUGUCCAUCCUAAACCGAAAGCACUAAAAUCCCUGCUUCUUCUCUUCCAGAUCUGGUUCAACAACAAAGGCUGGCACAGCAUCGGCUCCUUCCUCAAUGUGAUGAACAACGGCAUCCUGCGAGCCAGUCUAAAAGGCAAAGACCCGACAAAGUUUGGCAUCACUGCCUACAAUCACCCGCUCAACCUGACCAAGGAGCAGCUGUCACAAGUCGCCCUGUGAGUAUUAUUAAAGAAGUACAACAGGGCAUUGAACUCUUGAAUAAGAAGUCACUCCUAAUCCUAACCUUCUUCUCGGAUUUGCUCUCCCUCUCCCAGGAUGACAACAUCAGUCGAUGUGCUGGUUUCCAUCUGUGUGAUCUUCGCCAUGUCCUUCGUUCCUGCCAGUUUUGUUGUCUUCCUCAUCCAGGAGAGAGUGAACAAGGCCAAGCAUAUGCAGUUCAUCAGCGGCGUGCAGCCUUUCCUCUACUGGCUUGCUAACUUUGUCUGGGAUAUGGUAAGAUAACGCAAAAACAAAACAUUUGUGCUUUUCAGUUGAAAUAAAAGUGAUGUGAAAUCAAGGGUGAUUAGACCCGUGGAAGCCUCUUUUUCACUCUCCAUCUCUUUUCUUCUUUCAGUGUAACUACAUCGUUCCAGCCACACUGGUCAUCAUCAUCUUUGUGUGUUUCCAACAAGACGCCUACGUCUCCUCCACCAAUCUGCCCGUACUGGCUCUGCUGCUGCUGCUCUAUGGGUAAGUUACACAAUCAAUCAAUGUGGCUUUUUCGAUCUUCAUAAUUCCAGCUCUUCUCAUCCAAAAUGAUCUUGCUAUCUCUCACCAGGUGGUCAAUCACUCCCCUGAUGUACCCAGCCUCAUUCUUCUUUAAGAUCCCCAGCACGGCUUAUGUGGUCCUGACCAGUGUGAACAUCCUGAUCGGAAUCAACGGGAGCGUCUCCACAUUUGUACUGGAGCUGUUUGGAAGCAAUGUAAAUAAUUUGGCUCACAUAAUCACAAACUUGCUCUUUACUUGAAAAAAAAGAAAAAAUAACUAAAAAUGAAUGACUGACCUUGUUUUCUGUCUUCCAAAGGAAAUCGGUGGCAUUAAUGACAUCCUGAAGAACGUGUUCCUCAUCUUCCCUCACUUCUGUCUGGGCAGAGGUCUGAUUGACAUGGUGAAAAAUCAGGCUAUGGCUGAUGCUUUGGAGAGAUUUGGUAAUUACAGCAGAUCUGAAACAAGCAGGAAAUGUAAAAUCUUUAUCUUUACUUGGUUAUUAAUGUCGUUUCUCUGGUGUUCACUUUAGGUGAAAACCGAUUCCGCUCUCCUUUGGCCUGGGACAUGGUGGGAAAGAACCUGUUUGCAAUGGCGAUAGAAGGGGUGGUCUUCUUCUGUAUCACGGUCCUCAUUCAGUAUCGCUUCUGCAUCAAGGCCAGGUAGGUUACCCUUCUGGUACAAUCGCAUACAAUCAGCGCUUACAGUCCCUUGUGAGUCUGUGUUAAACGUGACCUGUCCUCUCCCUCUGUCCAUCCAGGUCCUCCACCAGUCAUCUGAAGCCAAUCGGCGAAGAGGACGAAGAUGUGGCCAGAGAGCGGCAGAGGAUCCUGAGCGGAGCGGGACAGUCUGACAUUCUGGAGCUCAGACAGCUUACCAAGAUUUACAAGCGGAAACAGAAGCCUGCGGUGGACCGGCUGUGUGUCGGCAUCCCCCCUGGAGAGGUACGGUACACCACAAUUGACACUGGACACACACAAAGACACAAACCAGACAUGGAUGUUAACGUUGUCCCUCUUCUUCUGCAGUGCUUUGGUUUGCUGGGGGUGAACGGUGCAGGGAAAACCAGCACCUUCAAAAUGCUAACAGGAGACUCGGUGGUCACCUCUGGAGAGGCUUAUCUGGCUGGCAAGAGGUAAGUCACAUCAAACCAAACCAUAUGCAGUACAUACAGUAAGUUUAAGUUUAGGUCAGACAUACUUCUAGUUCAAUCAGGCUGACUGAGAGACGAGUGGAGAAGUCACAGUGGAAUUUUUCUUACAUAAAUUAAUUGGUAUACAUAGAUAAUGUGACCAUCAACUCCUCAUUCUCUUCCUCAUUUGUUUCCCCACCAGUGUAAACACAGAGAUUGACGAGGUGCAUCAAAACAUGGGCUACUGCCCUCAGUUUGACGCCAUCAACGACCUGCUGACAGGAAGAGAACACCUGGAGUUUUACGCCAUCCUGAGAGGAGUACCAGAAAAGGAAGUCUGCGAGGUAAUGAACACAUGAGCACAAAGACAUGGAUGCAAAGUAAACACAUUCAGUCAUGAUGAAUUACUCAUGAAAUAUUGGUCUUGCCCACUAGGUGGCAGAUUGGGGCAUCAGGAAGCUGGGCUUGGUCAAAUAUGUGGACAAGGCAGCUGGCAGCUACAGCGGGGGAAACAUGAGGAAACUGUCUACAGCCAUCGCUCUCAUCGGAGGACCUCCUGUAGUCUUCCUGGUCAGUGGAACAUAUUCAAACACGUGUGAAUACAUGUGAAUUAUUUUGCUAGCAGCAGGGUCGCUAAGAGGACCACACUGUUUUCCCUGAGUUCAGAAGAUUGUGUGUCCGACAGUUUUGUAGCACCAGCUCAGUAUCUUUUGUCUGCUGUUCACAGGAUGAACCAACCACAGGCAUGGACCCGAAAGCUCGACGUGCUCUGUGGAACGCAAUCCUAAGCAUCAUUAAAGAGGGACGAUCUGUAGUCCUGACCUCCCACAGGUUAGACCAGAAACCUAAUAACAUGCACUCACUCAUAUGCCAAAAAGUGUAUAUUUUCAUUAUUUUGUGUACCUAUUCCACCCUGUCCCAUCUCUGACCUGUGUGUCUCUUGUUUUGUAGCAUGGAGGAGUGUGAAGCGCUCUGCACCAGAAUGGCCAUCAUGGUCAACGGCAGGUUCCGCUGUUUGGGCAGUGUGCAACAUCUCAAAAACAGGUGAGCUAGAAAAGCUUCUCAGAAAUCAUAAAUUUAAAAGAAAUCACAACCUAAUCACCGAGACAUCCAAUCUGAUUGAGAUAUUCUUCAUGUCCUGCUCAUGUCAGGUUUGGUGAUGGCUACACCAUCAUCUUGCGGGUGGCAGGUCCAGACCCUGACCUCCGGCCAGUGAUGGAGUUCAUUGAGCGGGAGCUUCCUGGCAGCACUCUGAAAGAGAAACACCGGAACAUGCUGCAGUACCAGCUGCCCUCUUCCCUCACCUCACUCGCCCGCAUCUUUUCCUUGCUCUCCAAGAACAAGGAUGUGCUCAGCAUAGAGGACUACUCAGUCUCCCAGACGACUUUAGACCAAGUAAGCAUGAUUAAACAGGAUUAACAGUAUCAUGUCUUUAGUUUAGACUCAGUCUAAUACCUGGUUCUCCUCUUUUCCCUACCGCAGGUGUUUGUAAACUUUGCCAAGGACCAAAGUGAUGAGGACCAUUUGAAAGACAUCCAUCUGAACAAGAGGGAUGCGGUGGUAGUGGACAUUUCCCAACUGAACUCUUUCCUUAUGGAUGACAAGACCAGGGAGAGCUGUGUCUAACUCCACCCACCGCUAACAGUGGGAACUGGAAGGCCUCUCCCUCCCUUCUCUUUUCCCAGAAAACAUGGACCACUAAACUGUGAGGGAGAAAGACAAUGUUCAUUUUUUUAAUUCUAUUUUUUAGUCUUUUUUAAUUCUCAUUUUUCAGUGGACCUGCAUUUCAGCGCACAGCCUCUCACAGAGGCAGACUCUGCAGGUUUAGUGACGGACACUGAACAAUGAAAACUCAAUGCAAAUCAAUGCAAGAAAUAUAAAUAAAUAUAUUUAAGAUGAGAAGAUAUUCCAGUGAGGGAGAAGACUGGUGCUUCUUCUUCACUAGACAGACGGAAAGGAAGGAAGGAAAAACUGAACGCUUGAAGCGACAGCGGGAUUAUAAUCCUGUGUUCGACUGGAAUGCUUGUCCUGCUACUCACAAACAACAAAUGGGGAUGUUGGAAGGAAAUAUCUCAAGUUCUCCAACCCCCGUGGUCCUAGAAGUAGUGAGACGUAGUCAGUGGCGGGACUGUGUUUGCGCUGCUUUCACAACGGCAAAAAGAAGAGCUUUGUUCAUUCACUGCCAACCUCUAAUAUCAGGGUCAAACCUUUUUUUUUCUUUUUGCUCUCAAUUGGUCAACAAGAGUUGUCAUAGCGAAAAUGCUGAAGAAAGCAUUUACAAUCCUACUGAUUUCAACCGCAAACAGAAAUCAAACAUAUUUUUUUAAGACAUUUUGAUUCUAAUAGACCAACCUAACCUUUCCGAGCUUUUUUUCCCUCUAAUUCUGGUUGAAUAACAGUUAAUAUUAAGACUGAUGACUAAUUGUUUUUUUUUUUUUAUACGUUGUUCUCUGUGUCCUUGACAUUGUCCAGCACAGUGCCUAUACUGUAUCGUGGUGGAAAGAGAAAUCUGAGCACUCCAUUAAAGAAACAGCAAUGUAUGUGGGCUGCUCAGGAAUGUAAACAACCGAUACCAUCAUGCAUCAAAGCACAAAAAAGGAGCUUUUUGUGAAGAUGAUGAAUGAAACUUGACUGUUGAUUUUUUUUUUUUUUAAUAACUAUGUCGAAAAGAAACAAAAAAAAAUCGUGGUUGCUUGAUGUCUGUACAUGAUGACGCAGUGCGCUAUAGUGGCCUGUCUUAUACUCGCCCUGUCUACUUUAUAUGGAACUGAAGGAUGAUGAGAAAGGACGCAGGAUGAUGACAGCUCCAAACUUGCAAAUGUUACUUCAGCAGAGAGAUGAAGAUAUUUGACUGAGCUUUUGAAAGUUGGAAAUAUAUACUGCAUGCUUUCCACUGGGCCGCACACCUGGACUAUCAGCACUCAUCGAAUGUGUGCGUGUGCGUGUGCAGGAGCAUGCGAUUAGAUCAGCUUGAAAAAGACUGGGGGCAAACUAAAGUGUGUUUUAUUGUUGGAUAACUGACACGUGUGGGGUCUGAAUCCAUAUUCUGUUGUAAAAUAGCAAAAAUCUCUCCAUGAAAAUGUGAUUUUAGAGAUUUAGGAUCAAAUGGAAAACGAGCUGCAGCUCCUGAACAAGCAGAAGACAGCUUUCACCGCUUCUUUGCUUGCACGUGAUCUGAGGUGGAUUUACUUCCUGUGUGAGGGCACAAUGGGAGAUCAGACCUGAGCCGAGCCAUCACUGAUGUGGAUAUUCUGUACAGUAACAGUUUUGUGAUGUCAAGUAAGAAAAAAAACAUUACCAGUGGAGUGAUCAAACAUUAUCUGUGCCAAAAAGAGCCGAAUAUGUAUCGUUGAUGAACCAGCAUUAUCUGAAGGAGGCAACUGUUUUGUAAAGUUUCAGUCAUGCUUUGAUUUCGAUCCUUGAUCCAUCAGCUCAUUCAGACAUCCUCCUUUCAAAAACUUCAAGCACAUCUUCAGGAAAAUCUAUCCUUUCCAAGUUUUUUCUUUCAAUCUAGUGAAGUUGCCAAACUUUCUGCCCAAGCUGCCACAUGAAACUUUAUUAUAGUGUCAACAACUCAGAUUGAAGUUUGAUACGUCACACUAAAAUGUGUUUCCAAAGUUAGUCCAGAGGCCAGACUAAUCAAAACCAGGGACCAUGUUCAUUGAGAGAUGUGCUUGUAAUGCUUUAUAGUCCAAAAACCGUACCCAGGGUUUACAAUAAUGACAGAUUGUCAUUGAGGGUGCUCUGCGUCGUGUAGAAUCUCAGAAGGGUCCGUUAUGUCGGAGAUCUGAUCCCUGCUGAGAGCUUUCUAAUGUACUCUCAGCUAAACAUGAGCACUUUAUAGACUUCAAAGACAAAAGUUACGUAAAAAGUUUAGUAGGGCUUUAUGGAUAAAAUAGACAUUUCAAAACAAAUCCCUGCACAGGAACACAGAGACGAUCCAGACAAAAUGAAGCACCUCUGCAUUACCGAGCUGGACCACUGAAAAAGAGACUGAGGCGAAUAAGCAAAACAAAAAAUGAAAAUGCAGAGUCAGUGGAGAAAUACAGGACAAUACUAAAGUGGUGACCUUCCUCUUUUUGUGCUCAAUAUUAUUAUUAUUAUUAUUUGUUUACAUUUUUAAGUAUUAAAAAGUUGUUUGAGUCUGUUACUCAUUGUGUAUAGGUAUUCUUUGCAUUAAUAAAUAAAGAAGUUCAUACAUUUUGAAGAA